UUUGCACAUUAGCCAAACUCUUCUGUUGGAACACAAAAGGAAAUAUUUGUAUAUAUAUAUAUACACUCACCUAAAGGAUUAUUAGGAACACCUGUUCAAUUUCUCAUUAAUGCAAUUAUCUAAUCAACCAAUUAAAAAAAUUAAGCAAAAGAAACACAGAAGUAACAUAAAAGUAGUCCAUAUAACUUUCGCUCUAAAUACAAUGUUUUCUGAUACCAUAUAUAAUAGCUUAUCUUCCCCUCUAGUGAACAGUUAACAGCUGCUAUUGAAUCCUUUCAGACCGGUUGUGACUCAAAAGAGCUAUUCGCAAAUGACAUUGCUAAGGAGAGCUAAGAAAGAUGUAUAAUUACCUAAAUUUGGGUCUUUUCCUCUCACAAAGCUAUCAUAUGACUUCAGAAGCCUUUUAAUAUAGCGUACAAGUAAUAUGGACUACUUUUAUGAUACUUUUUUCAUACUUUUUCAACCUUUUUGAAGCUUGAAAGCUCCAGUCCACUUUCAUUGUAAUUGUAUGGAAAAGAGCAACCACAAUUCAGGCCGUGACAGAAUUUUCAUUUUUGGGUGGACUGUUUCUUUAAAUUCAUGUUUAUAGUUGAAAAUAGGCAAUGUAUAAUAAUGUUUAUUCCUUUUGUCUCUUUAAGGCCCUGUUGUCCUGAUACUCUGACUGUGGAACAGGUGACCCAAGCCAUGACUAAUGUGACUUGGUCGUCUGCUACGGGGCGCGGUCCUAUGUCACCUGCUUGACAUCACCCAGAGGUCACGCUAAAUGCCACGCCAUGGACACCCACUGCCUGAUGGGACGUAUCACAAACUACAGUGUGUCCCUAGAGGCCAUCAGCAUCACUGGCCAUAAAACACAGUGCAGGUGCGUGUUGUCCAUCCAGUGUGAAAUUGUACCAGAUGGUUAACAGCACCCUGCGGGUGUACUGGCGUUAUUCCCCCGGCCUGUAUAACUACACUGCUGACCUGUACGGUACCAGGUCCAACUAUACCUGCAAUGCAGCACAAGGGUCCAAUGUGUGUGAUGUGGCUGAGAUACUGUGUGGGGAAAUGUACACAGUCGUGGUCUCUCCUUUAACACAGGACGGCUUGAAAGUCAUGUUCUGCCCCAGAAGACUCUACUCAGUUUCCUGUUCUGGAAACACUGUGGGAAUGGGUCACAGCUGAAAGAAUAUGGUACUCUGACGUCAUCAUCAUAAACAGGAGGACAGUUUCUUCUCAACACGAAGACCUUUCAUCUUGCCCCAUUUAUAUACCGUUUGCCACAAAUAGAGAUGAUUAUUGGCUCAAUGAAAAUUGCACAAAAAAAAAAGUGAUACAAAAAUGUACAUAAAGUAUUUAUUUCAGUUACAUUGUUACCACUUUAAAAUGUGUCAUGGCUUUUAUAUUUACAUUUACACUCUCUUUUUAUUGGGAUUUUUUAAUUUUAUACUACAAAUUAUAUUACUCAAUGCAUGCAAUUAAAGCCAAACUUUUAUGUCCAAAAUGGCAAUAUGUUUUGUUUGUUCAAUGAAGCACAAUUACAUGACAUAUUCUGAUAAACUUUACUGUUUUUACUUUUUACGGUUAAAAGUUCUGUGCUAAAUGAUAAAAUUAUUCCAGCAACACUUGAAGAAAGCUUCAAAAGGACUGAACCAGUGUCAUGUACAGGGUUGACCUCUACUAAAGUGGGUUAGAGAGAAAUCUAAACAGCACAAGUCUCAGGAAUCGCCCCAGGUCGUGUCCUUUGGUUGAUACUUUACAUUGAAUUAGUUUUAUGUGUUUGUUUAUUGAUGGCCUAAAGCCUAAGUACCUCUACUGCAAUUACAU